GCUCGGAGCGGGCCGGGGCGGGGCUGGAGGCCGUGGCGCGGAGCUCGGAGCGGGCCGGGGUGGGGAUGGAGGCCGUGGCGCGGAGCGUGGAGAGGGCCGGGGCUGCCAUGCGGAGCCGUGCCGAGGUGGACGCCACGCUGCAGACGGCCAAGCUGAACCCGGCGGAGCUGCUGCCGGCCGUGCAGUGCCUCACCUUCGGGCCGCAGGCCGGCGGUGGCGAGUGCUGCCUGCUGCAGCUGGAGCCGGGGCUCUGCGCCGAGCUGGAGGCGGGGCGCAGCCUAGUAGUCCGUGGUGAAAAGGAUGAACACGCAGUGUUGUGCAGCAAAGAUAAAACUUACGACAUGAAAAUAGCAGAUACCUCAAAUAUGCUGCUGUUUGUUCCUGGUUGCAAAACUCCAGAGGAGCUGAAUGCAGAUCCAGCAUCUUGUAAUAUCAUUCAUUCACAGAUUGCUGGUUUCUCCAAGAACUAUUGGGAAUUAAGGAGAUGUCGACCAAAACUGAAGAAAUUGAGGAAGCUUUUAAUGGAAGAUCCAUAUGAAGGGCCUGACGGUCGGAAAGAUCAGACUUCGACAUUUUCAAAGUAUACAACAGAAGAUUUGUUAAGUCUGAUUCAGGCAAGUGAAGAAGAAAUACUCCACCAAUUGCAGGUUAUAGAUGCCUGCAAAAUUGAAGGAUAUUGGAGAAUUCUACACUUUGACUAUGAGAUGAAACUCUUGAAUCAUGUGACUCAGCUAAUAGACUCAGAGUCCUGGCCUUUGAGUAAGGUUCCUUUAUGUGCCUGCCUUGAAGAACUUGGAUCUCUAGAACCCAGAGAGAUGAUAGAGCAUAUUCUUUUGAGCUAUGGCAGGAAAUAUGUUGAUGCAGGGGAGAUUUUCUUUGAAAUGUGUGAAGAUAAAAUAUGCAGAGCUAUAGCACAAAUGCUUUUGCAAAAUGCAGUUAAAUUCAAUUUGUCAGAGUUUGAAGAAGUCUGGCAACAGAGUGUUCCUGAGGGGAUUACAACAAGGCUUGAUCAACUUCAGGGCUUGGCUCUUGUGGAUAAAAGUUCAAGACCAGAGACCAUCUUUCUCCUAAAAGUGGAAGACUUACCUGAAGACAAUCAGGAAAGAUUCAACAGCUUAUUUCGCAUACGGGAAAAAUGGACAGAGGUGGAUAUUACCCCUUAUAUACAAGACUUGUGUGCAGAGAAGCAGACUGUUGGUGCUCUUCUGACAAAAUAUGCUCGCUCCUCAAUGCUGAAUGGUGUUAAAGUUUAUAAUUCUAGAAGGCCCAUCUCAUAAGAAGUAUUGUUUGAAGAACUCAGGAUACUGAAUGUAGCAACAGUGAUUGUUACUUGAUGCUGCCUUCUGGGGAAAAGACUGCCAACCAUCAUUAUACAGUGUACUUGAGUUUAAGCAGCUAGGCUACUUGAACACAUUGUGUUUUCUGCUCAGCUAAGGAGAGUGUGAGGGCACUUGUGACCUCUAAGGAAUGAUAUUCAGCUCACCUUCCUUUGCCAACCUUCCUUUGCCCAACUUCCUUUUCCUUUGUGUCUGGUUGAGCCAGGAGCCAAGCUACUUCUUGAACACACUUAAUCUGCUUAUCCAUAAGUCUGAAAUGGAAAUUUAAAACCUCCUUGAUAAUAAUGCAAUUGAUUAAAUUGAUUUGAUUAGCAAAAUGGAAAUUUUAGUCUUCUGCCCAUUAGUGGCCAUUCUUAAAGUUUCAUUGCUUUCAUUCAGUGUUCACAUUUUGAAUAGCACAGAACUCAUAAGUCUCAUGAACAAAUCAUUCCCCACUGAGACUGCACCUGACACUUUAAUACUUAGCAGAAUGGCCUUAUAUUUUUACAAAAAAAACCCUAAUUGCAGUGAAGCAUGAAUAUAAGAGAGAAGUUGGACAUUGUGUUAUGAAUUUCCUAUAAACUGUCAUUAAAAUGUAGCAGAGGUAAAACUAACGCUUUACAGAAGACUACUUAUACUUUUUUAAAAAGAGCCUACAAAACUUUGUAGUACAAUUAUUUUUGUAGUUUGUUACGGCGUAUAACUGCACAUAGAAAUUGUGCCUUGAAACCUAACAUUAUAAUAUUGUUCUAUGUAGAGCAAUAUAACAGGAUGCUUUUAUGAUACUGCCAUGAAGUGGUGUGCCUGAGAUGGUAAUUUUGUAAUCAUUAAAAAGGAUUGUUUGCAUGUCAAUAAACCACUUUAAUAUUAGAUAGUUUUCAGAUUUAUGUUUUAAACUUAGCAGUUUUCUGUCAGACUCAUGUGAGGUAUGAAAUACCUUGAAACUGCCAUCAUUUCAGCUGUAGAGAGAUGAGUGGGGAGCGAAACUCCUCCUAAAUCAAAUGUAACUCAUAAGAUGCAGGGUGUGUGUACUUGGAAUUUGCUACAGAUAAAAGCUGUGGAUUGUUGCCCAGUGCUGCAAGGUCAGUGCCCUGUGCCUCCACAUUGCUGGUGCAGGGGUGUGGCGUUUGACCAGCUCUGUGGAGACCUAGACUGGCUUUCUGCUGCGAAGAACUGCCUUGUUUGCUGUCUGGUUCCAACAGCUGCGCUUCCCCAAUAGGAAUAGGUUCCCUCCCAGAGAUAAACGAUAAUAUGAAUGGAAAAGCCUUGGAAAUUCUUUCCAUUGUAUCACAGAAGGCUCCUUAGUUGAAAUACACAACAUAACUGAUAACUUUUUUAUUUGUGGUCCAAGUUUCUAUAUGAAUAUAUGUAUAAUAUAUACGUAUUUACAUAGGGGGUUCUUUGUAAAACAAACAAGAAAUUAGGUGCUUCAUGAGUAGAGUUUUGUUACAGCCGCGAGAAGAGUUUGUUGAAAUUGUUAUCAUUCCAUGUGUUCAGUGCUCCUGGUUGGUUUUGUUAGACAUUCAAAAUGAAAUGAUGCUUUCCA